GUCGUGAGCGGCGAAAGCCGGGAGGGCGAGCGACAGUGGGAGCAGGCAGCAGGCACAGGCAGCAGGCGGGCGGGCGGGCGGACGGACGGCACGAAGGGAGGGAGCGAGAGAGCAGUGAGUGAGCCAGCGAGGGCGGCCGCAUCACAUUCCCGCCUCCCUCUAACCCCCUCCCCGGAGCCCACAGCGCCUCCGGUCUCCAGCGGAGCGGACACGGCCCGGCCCGGCCAUGGCCUCGUUGCUGAAGGUGGAUCAGGAAGUGAAGCUCAAGGUUGAUUCUUUCAGGGAGCGGAUCACAAGUGAGGCAGAAGACUUGGUGGCAAAUUUUUUCCCAAAGAAAUUGUUAGAACUUGAUAGUUUUUUGAAGGAACCAAUCCUAAACAUCCAUGACCUAACUCAGAUCCACUCAGACAUGAAUCUCCCAGUCCCUGACCCCAUUCUUCUCACCAAUAGCCAUGAUGGACUGGACGGUCCCACUUACAAGAAGCGAAGAUUGGAUGAAUGUGAAGAGGCCUUCCAGGGAACCAAGGUGUUUGUGAUGCCCAACGGGAUGCUAAAAAGCAACCAGCAGCUGGUGGACAUUAUUGAAAAAGUGAAGCCUGAGAUCCGGCUGCUGAUUGAGAAAUGCAACACGGUCAAAAUGUGGGUACAACUCCUGAUUCCUAGGAUAGAAGAUGGGAACAACUUUGGGGUGUCCAUUCAGGAGGAGACAGUUGCAGAACUAAGAACUGUUGAGAGUGAAGCUGCAUCUUAUCUGGACCAGAUAUCUAGAUAUUAUAUUACAAGAGCCAAAUUGGUUUCUAAAAUAGCUAAAUAUCCCCAUGUGGAGGACUAUCGCCGCACCGUGACAGAGAUUGAUGAGAAAGAAUAUAUCAGCCUUCGGCUCAUCAUAUCAGAGCUAAGGAAUCAAUAUGUCACUCUACAUGACAUGAUCCUGAAAAAUAUCGAGAAGAUCAAACGGCCCCGGAGCAGCAAUGCAGAGACACUGUACUGAGGCCAGGGCCAGGGCCAGGGCCAGGGGACUCUGUGAGUCUGGCUCAAGACCGACAUUGCCUUGGUUUGUUACAUGACUAUCGUGAUGGGGAAACUGGCUGGAAGUAGUAAUCACACCUCUCUCUGUUUUUAGUUAGAGUCUAAUGAAACGCUCAUGUA